UAUAAUAUAAUAAUAAUUCUCUAACAUAUGUAAUUUCAUUUUCUAAUCGUUGUAAUUAAUUCGAUUAAAAGUCGUACGUUUUAUUACGUUGAAAACGAUCGCGUGAAGUGAAAGAGAAAAAAAGAAAAAGGAAAUUAGAGACAACUGACUCAACCAGACAGACAGACAGACAGACAGACAGACAAACAGACGGAUGAACAGAAAGAAUGUACGUGUACAUAUGUACGUACGUGUGUAUGUACGAAAAAGAAAGAAAGAGAUAGAACGAGUUCAUCGGCCGUACUACAAACGAUCACCUUUUUCCCCCGACGACCUGGCGUCGCGACGCGGAUUCUCGGUCGAGGGUACCCUUACUGAUGGAUGACGAUACCAUAACCUUUGAGGAAGAGGAUGAAAUUGUUCCAAGUGAUAAACUCAAGCAUCCAUACAUCACCAUGUUUCACCUAGCAUUUAGAAUAUCGGCUAUAGUAGUUUAUAUGAUGUGUCAAUUAUUUUCAAAUAGUUUUAUCGCAAGUUUUGUCGUCGUUGUACUUCUUUUGUCCAUGGAUUUUUGGACCGUUAAAAAUAUAACCGGAAGAUUGAUGGUUGGACUUAGAUGGUGGAAUUAUAUAGACGACAAUGGAAAGAGCAACUGGGUAUUCGAAUCUAAAAAGGGUGCUCAACAGUACCAUAUUAACAUGGCAGAGGCACGUAUCUUCUGGUUGGCAUUGAUACUGUGUCCACUUUUGUGGUCGGUAUUAUUUGUUACAGCCUUAUUUCGUUUAAACUUUCAAUGGCUAUUACUCGUAUGUAUCGCAAUCAUAUUAAACGGAGCAAAUCUUUACGGAUACGUGAAAUGUAAAAUGGGAGGUAACCAGUAUAUUUCAACAGCUACCAGUGACUUCUUUAAGAAACAAAUCAUACAAAAUGUUGCGUCCAUGAUGACGAGGAGCCCACCAACAACUAAUCCAAAUCAACAGACUAAUGUAAUAUAAAAUAUUUUUUGUAAGUAUGAUGUAUAUGGAAAUUAAUAACGUCGUAAAUGUGUAUUGGAGGAAUGACGAUAUGCUUGUACAUAAUAAUAUUAGGUAUUAAAUUUUAAGUAUUCUGUAAUAAAAUUAUUAUUUCGCAAUGAA